CGUCGUGUUACACGUCCCGUUGAAUGUGUGCGUGACCCGUAAUUGGUCCGAGAGUGGGGCACUAGCCACAUAAAGUCCAUCUCUCCAUUGAAACUGGGGUUUAUAGCGCGAACGCAGAGACCAGCAACAAGUUCCACAAAGAUGCAAUCCUUGACCUGGUGUUUGGUACUGGCAGGAUGCCUUGCUUUUGCUCAUGCUCACUCGUAUCACAUGGGCAAUUGUCCCAUUGUGGAGCCUAUGCAGGGCUUCCAGAUGAGUAGAUUUUUAGGCGUAUGGUAUGUGAUUCAGAAAACGUCGACAGGCAGCAAGUGCAUCACUUACAAUUACACACGAGGAGAAGAGCCGGGCGAGUAUGUGAUAACGCAAGAUUCAGAUCAUCUGAUUUUAGGUCUUACGCCGUUAAAGCACGAGUACCACUAUACCGGCGAGCUGACUGUACCCGAACCCAGUACUCCGGGACGCAUGGAAGUCCGUUUUCCACUUAGUGUGGCCGGAAGCGCGUCCCAUGUGGUGUUCAUGACGGACUACGACACUUACGCUGGCAUAUUCACGUGUCAGAAAUUAGCGUUCGCUCAUCGCCAAAGCGCGACGAUUUUGUCAAGGACCCGAACGCUGGACCAGGUGCAGGUUGACAAGAUACGUCAGCGGAUGAGUCAAUUCGGCGUCGAUCCGUUCGAUUUGAGCAUCAUCUCGCAAUCGGGAUGCUCCCAGGGCAACAACACCGUCGAUAUCAACAUCGACCCUAAUACCUUCACGUCCGAAAACCUCGGUAAUGUGGUGCGCAAAGCAGGCGAGAAGAUCAGUGAGGGCGCCCACUGGAUCGCCCAAACCGGAAGCCAGGUCUAUCAUAAGUUGUCUGGAACGGAAGGAGACCAUGAUAACUCGUCGACGGAGCAAAACAGCCGCGUUACGACGAAUGAAAGAAACAGCGGUGGAAGAGUGGAGACCAACGACGUGGAAUGGAUUCCCUAAAGUUUCUGAUAUAUUUGUUACCUAUUAUUUUUAUAUUACAUGACGAAUAUCCGAGGAAUAGCAAUAAAAGACGGAUUAAUAUUAAUUAGACAAUAAAUGUGUGUGAUAGAUGACUAGAAAUAAAACCCCCAAUGUAUGUUACAUGUACGUUAGCAGGAGGAAAGAAACUCUUGAUGCCCAAUAAAAUUUGUCUGUAGAAGCAAAUUAU